UGGAGGAGCGCUCGGAAUUUAAAUGCCACAGCAAGGGUGAUCCAUCACUAGGAAGGAACAGGGCAACUUUGGCAGGCGAAGCAGCCAUUGGCUGCCGCCCUCACGUGGCCGCUGUCUCACUGUACAUUCAUAUCAUUUUUCUGCUGGCCCCCAUGGAGGAAGUGAGAAAGUUGGCACGGUCACCCAGGACUCCGAAGAGCCGGUCAAUCGGUGAUAGAUGGACACGGCGAGGAUGAAUUCCUUCCUCGAUUAUCCGCCCAUCCUCAACGGCGAGUCAGCCACUUGCUCGCCCCGUGCCUACCACCACCACCACCACCAUCAUCACCACCACCCCGACCAUGGGAUUACAACCACGUUCCAAUCCUGCGCGGUCAGUGCCAACAACUGCAACGGCGACGAUCGCUUCCUUGUGGGCAGGGGGGUCCAGAUAAGCCCCCAUCACCACCACCAGACUGGUGCCUACCAGCACCACCCCAAUCUGGGGAUGUCCUACGCCCACCCCAGCUGUGGGCCAACCUAUGGCGGGCAGAGCUUCGGUGCGGGGGGCUACAGCCACUACCCCCUCGGUCAAGAGGCAGAGAUUAAUGGGGGCUACCCCCAGUGCGCUUCCGCUGUCUACUCUGGAAACCUCUCCUCCUCCAUGGUCCAGCAUCCCCAGACUUAUGGGGGCACAGUGGGCUCUGCUCAGUAUAUCCACCCUUCUUAUGGGGAAGAGCAACAGAACUUAACCCUAACCAAUUACAGCCACACCCUGUCUCCUCUACGGUCAAGCCACCAGGAAGGCUGCGGUUCGCCUCCUUCGGAGACCUCUUCUCCAGCCCAGACUUUCGACUGGAUGAAAGUGAAGAGGAACCCUCCCAAAACAGGGAAAGCUGGCGAAUACGGGUACGUCGGCCAACCUAAUACGGUUCGGACCAACUUCACCACCAAACAGCUGACGGAGCUGGAGAAAGAAUUCCACUUCAACAAGUACCUCACCAGGGCCCGCAGGGUGGAGAUCGCCGCUUCGCUGCAGCUGAACGAGACCCAGGUCAAGAUCUGGUUCCAGAAUCGCAGGAUGAAGCAGAAGAAGAGAGAGAAAGAGGGAUUGCUCCCCAUUUCUCCGGCCACCCCCACUGGAAGUGAAGAAAAGGCAGAGGAGUCCUCAGAAAAAUCCAGCCCAUCCCCCUGUACCCCUUCGCCAGCCUCCUCUACCUCAGACACUCAUACUACCUCGAAUUGAACGGCAGGCUGCUGUCACUCUUUCCUUCCUAGCCCCCUCUAAGGCACCAUCUAAACCUAACUUUCUUGUGUUGGAACCGCCUUUUAAAAAACUUCUCCGAUCCCCAACCUAACCCACACCCCCAGGUAGUCCAUUUUCCGACUCACAGGCAGUUGACGGAGAGAAAAACUCACACCCUCAUCCUAAACCCUUGCACCUGGAGGCAAGUCUCCUUGAUUUCAAGGCGACUUUCGUCCUAAACCAACAACAUUUAGGCUGAGAUCCUAGACCACUUACACCCGGAAGUAAGACCUCUUGAAUUCAACACGUCUGGAUAGGUAGGCCAUAGGAUCGCGCUGUUAGUCAGCCCUAAAUCCCGCGAAAAGGAAUGGGACGAGACUUUGUGACUAAUUUGAACUCAAUUGAUUUCAAUGGGAAUUGGCCAACUUUGGCUGUGUUGUGCCCCAGGAGCUUCUGUUAUCAGACUGAGGAUGUCUUGUAUUCAUCCUCACACAUUCUUCCUUCCCCAAUUCUAAGGACAAGGGUUUCUCCGUUUCAUCUCUAGACUAUUUUGUGGGAACAAUCAUAAGCAUUUGCUUGACCAGAAUCAAGUUGCCAAGGACCUUUCUAUUGGUUUCUGCUCCAACCAAAGAUGUAGAAGACACACCCAAAUUCAUGAAGAGAUGCACUAUUGAAAGCGUUUACACAAGUUCGAAAACUUCCAUCCUUUAAUUUAAUGUCUGUUUUCUUGUGUGUAUAAGCUUGUUAGUUGUAAAUACUUUGUCCAAGAGAUUUAUCUUUUUACGGAUUUUCUAGAAAUGUUUAGAUAGAUUAUGAGCUUAAACAGGGUGGUUACAUUCUCAACACUGGAUUCGAUUUUAUAGUGAAAAGUGAGGAUGUCACGAACGAAAACUUGUUCAACUCAAUCAGAUACCUCAAAAAUCAUAGACUAAUACUUUUUAUUUGAACGAGCUAGAAAAAAAAGUCGAAAUUGCACUAGGUUUUUUGAAAUAAACCUUGCUUAUUAGUGUUUAUUCCACACACCCCUUGCCCUUUUAAUCCUUCCCUUCCGGAAAUCUGUGCUGGGUUAUCCUCAAACCCCAAUAUUAUCAUUUUUUUAAAAGGGAGGAGAAGAUCACACCUCUUCCCUAUUUUUUCCGGAGGAACCUUUCCUUAGACCUGAAGUCUUUUCAACCAAAUUCCUGAAUGCGAUGAAUGGCCAAACGAAUGUAUAUUUUAUGUGAUUCGUGUAUGGGACUUUGCAUGACGCACAACCGCUUUGAUGUACUAAGUUAAAUUAACACUGAGUUCUAUCAGUCGUCAUUUGUGAUCGAGGACUUUUUUAUCUUUUCUGUACAAUCAUUCGAGGUUCUGAGAUUCUGUGUGAGGGGGGGAAAGGAUGGAAUCCAGAGCAGAAAUUUACGGGUCUU